UUGGCGCGUCUUGUCAGUCGCUUUAGCUCGCCCAUCGGUGCGCUGUGGAGGUGGCUGAGCACAGCAAAGUGCUGCGCUGCAUUGCUGUCGCGCUGCGCGUGCGUAACCGCAGCGCUCAGUGUCCAGGAGGACCGGUCUCAAGCGCAUUCGCCUCGCCGCGUACGCGCGCCGCAGCGAUGGAACCCGCGGCGCCGCACCCGCCGACAGCGAUGGAGACGGAGCCCACCAAGGUCUCCAUCAAGACCAUGAAGGAGGUCAUUCGCAGCGCGGGUCUCGCGACGGCGGACCUCCUCGAGAAGCGGGACAUCGAGGCGCGCUACAAACAAGCCCAGGCGCGGCUAGAAGAGGCCGAGCGGCUGGAGCGAGAGAAGAACCAGCCGAAGAAGAAGCGCCGCAUUAUUGAAGAGAGCAGCGACGACGACGACGACGGCGGCCGCGACUCGCUGAUCCCCGAGGCGACGGGCAACAAGAAGAGCAACGUCGCGCCGUUCGCGAAGUUCGCGUACCAGGAGGAGGAAGAGGAACCCACGCCGUGGAUGAGCAAGCCAAAGACCGACGCCGAAGUGCGGCGCAACGCGCGGAAGGGCGCGGCGCACCUGGCCCGGGAGAAGGCCUCGAAAACCAAAAAGCCCCCGCCGAAGAAGCGGCGCGGCGCCUUCGCCGAGGAGAGCGAGGAGGAAGAGGAAGAAGAAGCGGAGUACCUGGGCGACACGGACGACGAUUCCGAGGAGGACGAGAUGCAGUCGCUGCCGAGCGACUCGGGUUCUGACGUCGAGGUCGUUGCUGAUGAUAGGAAGUCGAAGCUGGACGCUCUCGCGGCGCGCAAGCGCGCGGGCAAGCCCCGGGAGCGGACGCCGCGCGUCGUGGUCCAGCCGCCGCGCGUGUCGCCCGAGAUUAUCGACGUCGAGCGCGAGCCGAUUAUUGAUGUGGAGCGCGAGCAGCAUGUAGACCUCGCGGGGGAUUUGAGCGACGGUCACCGGACGUCGGAUGAUGAAGAGGAGGACGACGACGCGGCGCACAAAAGGGCUGAAAGAUUAUUAAGUGAGUGCGGCGCGUACGCGGCGAAGCUGAUCACGGAGCUGAGGUCGGCCGGUCUAGCGUCGUCGACGCGGCACGGCGCGUUGUGUGCCGGCGAGAUGGUCUCCUCCACUAGUUCCACAGAUUUUAAGCCGCUGGACCAGAAUGAGGUAAAACGGUGCUGCGGGCCGGACCUGAAGCUACGGCCGCACCAGAUCGUCGGCGUGAACUGGUUGUUAUUACUGGAGCGCGUCGGCGCGAACGGCGUCCUGGCCGACGACAUGGGCCUGGGCAAGACGAUCCAGACCAUCGCUUAUUUGGCGGCGUCAAGGGCGAGAAAACUGGCGCAGGACCCGGGCUACGACGGCCGGGACGUCGUCGUGGUGCCGGCGUCUACUUUAGGAAACUGGCAGCGCGAGUUUUCAAGAUGGGCGCCCUACGAGAAGCGCGUCGUCGUCUACCACGGCUCGCAGCAAGAAAGAGCACACUUGCGGGCGGACCGCGACGUGCGAAACGCGCACGUCAUCCUCACGACCUACACGUGGUGGGAGCGCGAGGCCUGCGAGGAGGACCGAGCCUUUUUUCGUAGUAACGCGCCCUGGGCCCACGUCGUAUUAGAUGAGGGUCACAACCUAAGGAACCCGGACGCGUCGCGGAGCCGCCACUUACGUCGGUUAGGGGCGCGGUCGCGGACCGUAUUAUCGGGCACGCCGAUCAUGAACCGGCCGCUCGAUCUACUCUCUUUACUACUAUUCCUGAUGCCCGAUCUAUUUCGAGACUGCCGCGUGACGGACCGGCUCGAGGAGGUCAUCGCGGCCAUGGACUCGGUCGGAGGCGUGAAGAAACUAAGGGAGCUGCUGGCGCCGUUUUGUCUGCGGCGGGUGAAGCAGGACGUGCUGCAGUCGCUGCCGCCGAAGACGUCGCACAUCAGGUCGGUCGAGCUCGAUUCGAAACAGCGCAAGGCCUACCUCAGCGUCGUCGGGAAGACGAAGGAGUACGGCAGCGACCAGCACCUGUUCACGGCGCUGCGCAAGGCGGCGAACCAUCCGUUAUUACUCAAGCUCGACAAGUACACGGACGAGCAGCGCGCUCGCGUCGCCCGGGAGUGCGUCUACGCGGGCUUCUUCGGGGCCCAGGCCGACCUGAGCCGCGUCACGAGCGAACUUGAGAGUUACGAUGACUUCAGCAUCCACUGCAUUUGUGCGGAGGCGUCGAUGCCGGGGUUAAGGGACCUGUGCCUGAAGCCUGAAGUCUUGUACGAGUCGGCGAAGUUCAAGGAAUUGAGGACGUUGCUGCCCGAUUUGGUGCGGACGCAGGGCCGGCGCGUGCUGCUGUUCUCGCAGUGGACGCGGCUGCUGGAUUUGAUGGUCGAAUUAUGUAAUGAUCUGGACCUGGGCACGUGUCGGCUGGACGGCAACACGCCCAUCGCGGAGCGCCAGGGCAUGGUCGCCGCGUUCAACGACGGCACGUCGUCCGCGAAGAUAUUCCUGCUCUCGACGCGCGCGGGCGGCCUGGGCAUCAACCUGACGGGCGCCGACGCCGUCGUGAUCCACGACGUCGACUUUAAUCCGGAGAUCGACCGCCAGGCCGAAGACAGAGCGCACCGCAUAGGACAGACGAAGCCCGUCGACGUGUACCGCCUCGUCGCGGAGGGAACGGUCGAUAGGGACAUCCUGGACCUGGCGGCGCGGAAGCGCGCCGUGAACGAGCGCGUCAUGGCGUCGGGCGACCCACUAGACGAGGUCGGCGCCGAGGCGGCGCCCGACGCGGCGUCGGUCGCGGCCGCACUCUCGAAGGCGCUCGAGGAGUAUAGGACGGCGAAUGCCGAGGCGGACGACCUCGAGAUCGGCCCGCAGAAGUCCGCCGAGGAGCUCCUCCGGGAGCGCGAGCGCCUCGCCGAGGCGCGCGGCGACGUCGUCGACGUCGGCGCGGACGACGCCGACGCCACGAUGCCGCCGGUACCGGUCCCAGUGAAGCCCGAGGCCAUCUCCAGUGAGUGAGGAGAUAUAUCGGGAGGCGAGGCGCCAUAUCUAUUAUAGUAAGUAGUAUACAGUAUCUUC